AUGCCUCUCUUUCCCGCGAAUCCCAGAGGUUUGUCCGACCUUCCUUCGCACCGGAAUGGUCUUCUCGACUCUUACUCAGCUGUCCAGGGUCUCCAACUGACAAUGUUGUCCAACACCAGUUCUGACUUCGAGUUGAUCAUUCGCCAGCAGCCCAAUCGGGCGCGCGUGGCCGGUGGGAAGGAGAAAGAACGCAAGCCAGUCGAUCCGCCGCCGAUUGUGCAACUCCGGGUAAGAGAGGAAGGGAGCUAUCUCGCGCAUCUGUACGAUGCCAAUGAAGAUCAGCCAGUUCCCGUACCGCCGGCCACAGCUUUGGCAGGCACUCUUGUCUCGUCGCUUCAUCGGUUGAAGGAUGUGGAUAAUAAUGACGGCGGAUUCUUCGUAUUUGGGGAUUUGUCCGUCAAAAUCGAAGGGGAGUUCCGACUGAAGUUUACCUUGUUUGAGAUGCGAAAGGAUGUGGUUACCUACCUGAAAUCCAUUAUCUCUGAUCGCUUCACUGUUUCACCGCCAAAAACUUUCCCUGGAAUGCAAGAAUCCACGUUCCUUUCUCGGUCAUUUGCCGACCAGGGUGUCAAACUACGCAUCAGAAAAGAGCCUCGCACACUGUCUCUGAAACGGCCGCCUCGGCCGGAAGAGUAUCCCCAGCAGCCACUCCCUCGCUCCCCGGACCGGUCUUCGAUGCAAAUGUCGGGGAACGCUUUCACUGGCUAUCCGGCAGCAGGCAGAGAUUAUGCAUACUACGGGACACCGGUCAAACGUCAGCGGACGUCUGUAGACUACGGAAACAGAGGCAUCUAUGACGCCGAAGGUCGAAUGCGCCAGGUGGAUGCGUAUCCACAAACCACCGCCAUGUAUCCGAAUCAGCCAGGUACCUACCAGACACCCAUGAUGCAAGGAUAUCCUGCUGGUCAUACGGGAGUACCAGAUUAUGCGAUGCCCUAUGGGAUCCCGCCAUCCGCUCAGGUGGCCCAAAUGCAGGAUCCAGCGGCCCACGCACGCUCCAGCCAGCAAGCGACGAUGCAAUCUUUAGGCAUGAUGAACCAGCCAGGUACUCCUACCGCAGAUUCGACGGCCGCCAUGAUGCCUCAAGGAUAUCCCCAACCGCGAACGCAACAGUACCAAACAAGCUCUACAAUUUUACCACCUUUGCAACGGAAUCGCAACUUUCCACAAGGGACCAACGGUGCAUCUGCACGAGGUUACUUUGAUCAGGCGUCACAAGGUGCAACUCCAAUUCUCCCGUCACAACCCAUGGGUUCAACCGAAGGGGAUCGAUAUGGCGCUGCGCCCGGUCAAACAACCUUUGAGCAUCCUGGCUCACAUAAUGGAACACCCCGAUAA